AUGGUUAUGGAUUCACGAAAAAUACCCAGAGAAUGGGCACGGUCUGACAUAAUUUUACUAUAUAAAAAAGGGGACCCGACUGAUGUGGGCAACUACCGCCCGAUAAGCUUGCAACCUAGUAUGUACAAAUUGUUCGCUUCCUGUCUAGAACGACGCUUGUCAAAAUAUACCGAAGAAUAUCAACCAGUAGAACAAGCUGGUUUUAGAAGAGGCUUCUCUACUAUAGAUCAUAUUCAUGCCUUAGACAUGAUUAUAGAAAAAUAUAUCGACCAAAACUGCCCCCUAUACCUAGGUUUCGUUGAUUACGCCAAAGCUUUUGACACCAUAUCUCACAAAAGCAUGUGGCAAGCUCUUGGUGAAUGUAAUGUUCCUUAUGAAAUAAUAGAACUCAUACAAAAUAUAUACCAGCAAAGCGUAAGCCGCGUGAAGUUAGACAGAAUUGGCCCAGAAAUAAAAAUAUGCAGAGGCGUAAGACAAGGCGAUCCUUUGUCACCUAGAAUAUUUAUAACGGUUCUACAAAGCGUAAUGAAAACCCUUCAAUGGGAGAAAAAAGGGAUAGAAAUAAAUGGUCAGUAUCUAAGCAACUUGAGAUUCGCCGACGAUAUAGUUAUCUUCUCAAACAGUGCGACGCAGCUACAAGACAUGCUUAACGAAUUAGUCUGCGCAAGUAAAAGCAUUGGCCUAGAAAUGAAUACCUCCAAAACUAAAGUUAUGACUAACAGCAAAGAACGACCAAUUUUUGUCAACGCCACGUCUCUUGAAUAUGUCCAAAACUACAUAUACCUAGGAAAACAAAUAUCGUUUAGUCAAAACAGACAUGUGGAAGAAACAAACAGACGUGUAAACCUAGCAUGGAACAAAUAUUGGGCUUUAAAAGAAGUACUGAAAUCCAACCAUAACUUAACUAUAAAAAGAACAGUCAUGGACACAUGCAUACUUCCAUGUUUGUCAUACGGAUGCCAAACCUGGAUUUUUAACAAGGCGUUAAUAAAAAAGAUUGGAGUAUGCCAAAGGGCUAUGGAGCGCUCCAUUCUUCAAUUGAAGCUUAAAGACAAAAUAAAAAACAAGGUGAUACGAAGUCGUACAAAAAUAAAAGAUGUUGUAACUUAUACAAAAAGGCUAAAAUGGAAAUGGGCCGGUCAUAUUGGCCGCAUUUGUGAUGGCAGAUGGGUCAAAAAGACCCUUACUUGGAAGGGCCCAGUGGGAAGAAGAAAGAGAGGAUGCCCACCGAAAACUUGGGAAGACGAUAUAAAAGGGAUAGCGGGAAAAAACUGGAAAAUUGUCGCAUCAAAUAGGGAUAAGUGGAAGAAUCUGGAGGAGGCCUUCACUCCAUCGGAGGUCGAGUACAAGUGUAAAACUUAA